AUGUUCAAUCUCAGAAAGAACCGAGAGCUUCUGGUAGAUAUUCACCCUCUCGCCUUUGGGAGCUUCCUUCCUUCUGUUCGCGACGACCUUUUCUUUGUUCGAGAUACUCUCGUGGCUCGGAAAGUCAAUUGGAGGAAACACUUCUCUUUUGAGAGAGUAGAGAGUGCCCGAGCCAUUUUCACCGGGGUGUCCAUUAUCUCUUCUUCGUCAAAUUCCUCAGGAGACAUGAGAGAGAAGAUGGUGAUCUUUACGCUCAGGGAAAAGAAGAGGCGUGAAGUCGAAGAGGUCGCUGGACGAGCCGAUCAGACAGCUCCCGUAGGGACUGAGGUGGUACCUCGGGAUGACCUGCCGAAGCUUGAGGGGAGCGAGGCUGCCCGAGCUACUGAAGAGAAUGCUCCCAAGGUGACUACGCAGGAGGCAGCACCCGAGGUGGAGCCGGGCGAGAUUAUCCCCGAGGCGUCUAGGGAGAACUCCGCGGCUCGGAGUAAAACGCCGCCCGCCUCAUCAAUUCUGGCCCUUCCGAAACAGUCGAGGCCCCCAGCUUCAAAUCUGUUGAAGCAUGAUGUCAGUAGAAAACGGUCCGCUACGGAAAAGGGUAAGGGGGUGGCCACCCAAAAGAACGAGCCGUCAAAAAAUAAAUGCAAGUCGGCGCCCAGCAAGCCCGCGUCUUAUAAGCUGUUUAUCGACGAUCCGGCCGCUUCUGCGGUGAUGCUCUCGCGUGUUAAUAAUGCCAACACGCGUCUUCCGCCUCCCGAGCAGCUAAGGAGGUCAAAGUCUUAUGCUGCUAUGGCGCAGCGCGGCACCAAGUUUAUUGCGGAUUUCAAAGAGAUGAUGGCUGGCUAUGAAUCAGACUUGGUUAAAGAUGAGCGCUGCUUGGAAAAGGCUCGGAAGGAGGCCGCAAUGGCUAAGAGAAAGUUGGACGAGACGAUGGCCAAGGUUAAGAAACUGGAAGAGGAAAAGAUAGCUCUUCGGGCCAAUGUUGACAAGGUGUCGUCCGUGGUGACUCGUCUUGAGGAGUCCAGGAGGGCUAAGAGUGCCGAGGUGGCUCUGUUGAAGAGGCGCAUCGAGACUAAGGACGCCAUGUUCGAUGCUAAAGUGAAGCGGGCUAAGAAGGAAGCGAGGCAUGAGCUGACGGCUAAAUUCCAGGAGCGCCUUGCCAAGGUGGAGAAGAUCAAAAGCAACCUUGCUAUGAUUGACGAGCUUCGGAAACCUGACGGCUCGACUUUAGAUGCCGAAGGGGAAAAGUUGAAGGGUUGGGAGGCCGAAUACGUUGAGGACGAGGCGUAUGAGCGUAUCGCAUCCGAGAUCCAAGGUGAAUUGGUCUUUUCGCCUGUGUCGUCAGAUUCCGUCGACACCCGUCUGGGCAUCGAGCCGAUCCAGGAGACAGCGGCUAAUCUCGGUGUCGAGGAUCCGACCGGGUCAAACACGGGUACACCAGCUCUUUCGAACCUCCUUGCCGAGCGAGGGAUGCGUUCUGCGGCUUGA